GCUUUGCAAGCAAAAUGGCUGCGGUUAGGAUUGUGGGAGCUGUGCGAAGUGUUUACCUCUCGAAACUGACUGCACUAAAUGGCAUUUCUAGAUCAUCUAAGUCCCAUUUCUCCACUUCAAUGUGUGCACAAGCUGCCAGGAAGUAUUUUUCCGUCACUCUUCAAGAUGAUGUAGCGGUCGUCAAAAUCGAUACCCCAGACUCAAAGGUGAAUACUCUAUCAUUAGCCCUGCAAGAUGAGUUUGUUUCUGUCUUCAAUGAAGUCCAGUCCAACCCUGCGGUCAGUAGUGCGGUCCUUAUCUCAGGCAAACCAGGAUGUUUCAUUGCUGGAGCGGAUAUAAACAUGAUUGAAAAUUGUAAGACUGCAGAGGAAGUCCUUGCCUUGAGCACCACUGGUCAGACGAUGUUACAGCAGAUAGAGGACAGCAAGAAACCCAUAGUGGCUGCUAUAAUGGGGUCAUGUCUUGGUGGAGGACUCGAGUUUGCUCUCGCCUGCCAUUAUCGUAUAGCGGUAAAGGACAAAUCCACUCUUGGAGUCCCAGAGGUCAUGUUGGGUUUAUUACCAGGAGCUGGCGGCACCCAGAGGAUACCAAAGCUGGUAUCCCUACCUAAUGCCUUUGACAUGAUGCUCACGGGGAAGAACAUUCGAGCAGACAAAGCCAAGAAAAUGGGGCUUAUUCAUCAGACAAUUGAACCACUAGGACCAGGCCUGAUGUCACCUGAGGAGCGGACACUGCAGUACCUGGAAGAAGUUGCAGUCCAAACAGCAAAGGGCCUAGUGAGUGGAACAGUGAAGGCAACUCCAAGAAAGAAAAAUUUGAUGGACAAGGCCAUGGACAAGCUUAUCUCGUAUGACUUUGGUAAGAAUUACCUCCUCAAGCAAGUUCGUGGGAAGGUGAUGAAGCAGUCCGGAGGACUUUAUCCAGCCCCACUCAAGAUUAUAGAUGUCGUGAAGACAACACUGGACAAGGGCACUGAAGCGGGUUACAAGGCUGAGGCCCAGGCAUUUUCCGAACUCGCCAUGACCAAUGAAAGCCAUGGUCUGGUCGGUCUCUAUCAUGGACAAACUGCCUGCAAGAAGAACAGAUUUGGUGUACCUGCCAGGAAAACACGAAACAUUGCUGUGUUGGGAGCUGGCCUCAUGGGAGCUGGUAUUUGUCAAGUCAGUAUUGACAAGGGUUACAAUGUUAUUAUGAAAGAUAUGAAUCUGGCCGGUCUAGCACGAGGUCAGCAGCAAAUACAGAAGGGAUUGGACACAUCAGUCAAGAAGAGGAAAAUUACAAGCUUCGAGCGAGAUCGCAUCAUGUCGAAUCUAGAUCCAACAAUUGAUUACAAGAACUUUGACAAGUGUGAUAUGGUGAUAGAAGCUGUUUUUGAAGAUAUCAACAUCAAGCAUAAAGUCAUCAAAGAAGUUGAGCAGCACCUCCCUGAGCACUGUAUAUUUGCAUCAAACACGUCAGCACUGCCAAUCACCGAGAUAGCCAAGGGGAGCUCCAGGCCAGAGAAAGUGAUUGGCAUGCAUUACUUCUCGCCGGUAGACAAGAUGAUGUUACUGGAGAUUAUCACCACGGACAAGACGACGAAAGAUACUGCUGCUGCUGCCGUUGAUGUUGGUUUAAAACAGGGAAAAGUUGUCAUCACAGUGAAGGAUGGUCCUGGAUUUUAUACCACAAGAAUUUUAGGUCCAACUCUAGGAGAGGCAAUUCGAUUAUUACAGGAGGGUGUAGCACCUAAACAACUCGACAAGUUAUCAAAAGCCUUUGGUUUCCCCGUUGGUAUGAUUACGCUUCUUGAUGAAGUGGGUGUCGAUGUAGGUAGUCAUGUGGCUGAAGAUCUCGGCAAAGCAUUCGGACCAAGAUUUGGUGGCGCUAACAUCGAAGUAUUGAAAGAUAUGGUAUCUAGUGGCUUCUUGGGCCGUAAAGCGGGUAAGGGUUGUUUCCUCUAUCCACCGGGUUCAAAAGAGCGGCCUGAAAAUCCUGAGGCUCUCGAAAUAUUCAAGAAAUAUCACAUUGCUCCCCGGGGAAGCAACAGCACAGAGGACAUUAUAAUGAGAGUAGUUGUGCGGUUGGUGAAUGAAGCUGUGCUAUGUUUGCAGGAGGGCAUCUUGAACACAGCUCUUGAUGGAGACAUUGGGGCUGUUUUUGGACUUGGUUUCCCUCCGUUUUUGGGAGGUCCAUUCCGGUUUGUCGAUAGCUAUGGAGCCGAUAAGCUUGUCAACAAGAUGAUGCAAUUCAAGGAGUUGUUCGGAGAACAGUUCCAACCAUGUCAAUUACUACUCGACCAUGCAAAAGAUCCCUCAAAGAAGUUCCAUUCAAAGAAUUAGAAAAAUCAGUCCAAUAGAGUGAACAAAAGACUUUAUAGAUAUUUAUAAGAAGCGUUUGGGCCUUCAUGUAACUACAUGUAAUGUGAUCUCUUGGAUAGUGGGUACAUAGACAAAUCAUUUUUUAAGAUAAAUUUUAAAAAAAGAAAACUAUAUCAAGUCACUUUGCUUGGCUUGCUUGAGUGUAUUUCAUAGUUGUGAGAUGAGUUGAGGUGCUUUUUCCCUUUCUCAGAGGAGAACAUUAUUUUGUCUUCUUUCCUGCAAUCCAAGAUAUUCUCAUUAGUUUGGCCUUGGUGACGCUGAUUCAUGUCCUCUCUAUCUGCGUGUUUGUCAAUUAGGGAACUGUAACACAGAAGCGGGAACACAGACCCUUAAGAAGUUUUUGCACAGACAUGAACUGUAACACAGAAGGGGGAACAGAGACCCUUAAGAAGUUUUUGCGCAGACAUGAACUCAGAAUACCAAUGAGUGACCAAGCUGGCCUUUCCAUGCAGACUGAAUCAAUGUUAUUCCCCCAGUGACUAAACCAGGGCAGUUUUGUCAGUUGGUUAUAAACAUUCCCUGGAAUAUCUUGAUCUAAUCCUAUGUGCUGUGAAAGUUGCCAUUUUUUCAGCAUGUACCAGUAUUCAGAAGUCGCCAGAAUAGCGGUUUAUGGGACGGUACACAGUUUGUGCAAACACUGGCGAAUUGAGAGCAACGUCAUGAUCGCUGGGACUUGUUUUAACAAUUCAAUUGUACAGAUUAAGUAGCAUGCUGUCUGACAAGUUUUGGCAUUGGUGAAAUUCUUUUGAUUUUGAAUAUGUAAAUUAAUGUUGCAUUGCUCACUGGAAGAGGUUUUAGAUAAUUAUAUUAUAUUUAACUG